GACAUUAAUGCUGUUUUGUAAAAGGUGGUAACAUUGUUUUUAUUAAGAGGUAGAAUUCUAGAUUGGUUGAUACGUAAAACAAAUGAAGACUAAAUACGUGCACGUGAUUUACAUGCUGUUUUUCCUAGCUUUACUUGAUAAAGCAUGUGGAGAUGACGAGGAGGAGCAUCCCGAAAGUGACCAUGAUCAUGAUGAAGAAUAUGACGAUGCCUAUAAUGAGACUCUUAUAUAUGAAAAGAAAUGCUAUAUACUAGGGCACACUUUUGAACAAGGUCCGUUUAUUCAUCCUACCUUGCCUUGUAAAGCGUGCCAAUGCUGCAAAGGUGGUAUAAUUACAUGCACGAAAAAAUUCUGUCCAAAACCGAAAUGUGGUUUAGGUAUGCAAAUACCUAAGGAAGGUGACCCAUGUUGCAAAGUGUGCAAACCCGAGUGUGAAGGCGUCACGUGUCCAUCUCUUGGCAAUUGUCCAAAAUCGAGGUAUGCAUAUACCAAUGAAAGUUGUUGUCCUGAGUGCGGAUGUGAGUACUUUGGAGAGGGCGUCCCGAACGGGAACUUUGGUCACGUAUGCAGUGUUUGUACCUGUAAUGCUUCAACGAAUACGGCCACAUGUCAUAGGCACUGCUCUGCAAAUGAAUUGACAUGUGUGGACCCCAAGUUUGACAUCAAUUGUAACCUAUAUUGCCCUGAAAGAACGUGCAGGCGGGGUGACGAAAUCAUACCUGUUGGCAAGAUUAAAGUUCUUGGUCGCAAACUGUGCGUGUGCGCCGAGAGGUGGUACCCACGCGCAUUUUGCGCAUUCGUAAUGCCACCUUUACUCGACCGACUCAGACUUCCUGUAUACGGAAAAUGUGUUAAGUAUCCAAGGAUUCCAUCUCAAUAUCUCGUGGUUUGAAUAAAUCACUGUUAUAACUGGAUGAUGCCAUUUUAUUCACAGAGAUGCUGAACUAUAAUUAAACUAAUUUGUUGCUUGUUUUAGCAAAGUUACAAAGUGUGAUGUGAUAAUGGCCGUUUUUAAAUUAAAGCUGAUUUGUAUUAUUA